CUUUGCUUGUCACCACAUGGACAACCGGAAGAAGAUACCAACGUGGUUUCUGGGCAGUGUGACGUUGGUUCGAGCUUAUAACUCAUGGCUCGUGUAAUUAAUUGAACAAAAUGACUGAAACUAAAGCAGAAAUGGCAACUGAGCCGGCGAAGGAACUGCUGGCGUUGAAUCCUGAACAAGAGUCUGACUUCAAGAAGAAGGUUCAGGAGGCGAAGAAGAACAAAUCGGGCAAGAAGAACCGUUUGACCCCCGGAGUGGUUUAUGUCGGGCACCUGCCACGGGGGCUGUUUGAGCCUCAGCUCCAGUCCUACUUCGAACAGUUCGGAAAGGUCCUGAGGCUGCGGUUGUCCAGGAGUAAAAAGACAGGUGGAAGCAAAGGCUAUGCAUUUGUAGAGUUUGACUGUGAUGAAGUAGCCAGGAUUGUUGCAGAAACCAUGAACAACUACCUCAUGGGAGAGAGACUCAUCAAAUGUCAUGUGGUUCCACCAGAGAAAGUGCAUGAGAAGUUGUUUGUUGGCUCCCAGAGGGAAUUUAGAAAACCCACUAACCCUGUUGUAGCUCGCUACAACAGAAAACGCUCAGCCGACCAGGUUGAGAAGACGAAAGCCAAACUCCUGCGGAAAGAAUCAAAGCUUCGCAAGAAGCUAGCUGCACAUGGCAUCGAAUAUGACUUCCCUGGAUUUGCUGCCCAGGUGAAAAAGUCCUCUGUUGCCAUGAAUGCGUCCACAUGUAGCGAUGACACCACACCAGUGUGCACCCCUUCUUUCCUGGAGAGGAGGAAGACCAUGGCCGUUGAUGAUGAUGAAGAUGAUGAGAUUAUUAUUAAGAUGCCAUCUGCAGAGAAAGAUGAAGAGUGCUCCUCCUCAGUGGAGGAGGAAGAUGGUGAUGAGGAUGACGGAGAGAGCGAGGAACCCUCUGAAGAGGAGGCAGAGGCGGAGUGAAAGUGGUCAGCUUCAUAGGACUGUGUUAGGGCAGAGAUACGGUCCACCAGGAUCGCGUGGUCGUAGGUUUGCUUUGAGAGAGAUGGGACAACUUUGAACUGUUCUUAUGAGAGAUUCUACUGUAACUGGAUGUUAGAGUGAGUGGUUGGUGCUCACUGAUCCUGAUUUAUGGGCAACAGCUUGGACUUCUUCAACAAAGGCGACUUUCUGUGUCGGUCUUGCAGCAGGGUCUUUACUCUGCCAUACACUGCUGUAGUUGCUUUUUAACAUCACCUGUCUAAAAUGUGGAUAAAUCUUUACUAGGUGAACUAUUACAUGUAAAAAUAAAUGAGAAUAUAGUCUGGA